UUGUAUUACAUUAUGGAAGAAAAAUUCACCUUCCAUAGUACUGGUCAGGACCAAAAUUUUCUCCUCUCCGCCGGCGGCGGCGCCGCCUCGUCCUCCGGCGGUUCAUCCACGUCAUCGUCGUCACAAAGCACGGCGCACUGCUCCGAACCGCAGAGGAACAGCAGCGAUAGAAAAAAUCACGGUGAAAGGUCCGGGACCGAGGAGGCCAGGACCGCCGGCGGCGGGGAGAGGCACCCGACGUACAGAGGCGUACGGAAGCGGAAUUGGGGGAAAUGGGUCUGCGAAAUCCGGGAGCCCCGGAAGAAGUCGAGGAUAUGGCUGGGGACGUAUCCGACGGCGGAGAUGGCGGCGCGUGCGCAUGACGUGGCGGCUUUAGCCAUAAAGGGCCAAUCGGCUUACCUCAAUUUCCCCCACCUGGCCCACGAGCUCCCCCGCCCUGCCUCCGCCGCGCCGAAGGACAUCCAAGCCGCCGCCGCCAAGGCGGCGGCGGCGACGACAUUUCCGAUGGAAGAAUCAGCCGCUAGCGGCGGCGGCGGCGCCCUCGUGAGCUCCGAGUCGUCCACGAAUUUGGCUUCGCCGAAUUCGGCUCACGACGGCGCCGCCGACGACGCGUUCUUCGACUUGCCGGAUCUUUCCGAUCGGCGCGGCGGCUACUGUUACUACGCGUCGUCGUGGCAGCUGGCCGGAGCCGACGUCGGCUUCCGGCUGGAGGAGCCGUUCUUGUGGGAGUGCGAGUAAUUAUUAGUAAAGUCGCAUUUUUGCGUUAUACUGAAGUCGCAUUUCGGGGUAUACUGAAGUCGCAUUUUGGGUUUUACUAAAGUCGCAGUUGGGGUAUACUGAAGUCGCUAACAUCCAUUCUUUAGUAUUGGGUAUGUUCUACGGAGGUAUUAAAAAUAAAUUUAAAUUAUUUUUAAAAAAAUCAUAAAUAGAAAUAAGCCACGUAGUGAUGAUUGAUGAUGAAUUUAGUAUUUAUUUAUAUCAAACCUAAACUUAUGUCAA